CCCCUACUGGGGACAGCAGUUAAACAGUGGUCAAAUAGUGACAACUGGUGGGGAAAUACUAGAUAAACAGUUGUAGAACAGCGACACCUGCUGGAUAAACAGCAGAUAAAUACUGGUAAAAUAGAGACAACUGGUGGGGAAACAGCAGACAAUCACUGGUAGAACAGCGACACCAGUUGGACAAACACCGGAUAAACAUUCUACAGGUCUUUGACUGUCAGAGACAUGCGGGGAACGGGUUGUCAAUCGAUCACUUGCAGGGUGAACGGCCGAUUGGAGCAUGCAGAGUUCCGGACCGAUUGCUCAUCGACAGAUGUUAAAGACCUGCUCCGAGCCUCGGUGGAAGCCGGCCCGCACGACAUCCUGACGAUGUACGACGCCGAGGGGAAUGUGGUCAAUAUCUCACCCAGUCUGACGGCCAAUGUCGUCAACACAUGCUACAGACUGGAGGUGGUGGCGUCCGAUCUUCAGAAUCGGGCUUUAGCCGUGCCGACCGAGCUGCGCAACAUGGACAACAGGCUGGAAAACCUGGAAACAAAGGUGCUUGAAGAUACUGGGAAAACCACAGAUCUCAAGAGCCAAGUGGAGUCUUUCAAGAGGAAGCUAGAGAACGUGGAGCACCGGAGCUGGAUCGGUCUCUUCAAGGGGCAGGAGAGGCCCCAGCGCCGGGCCAGCCAGGGGCACCGGCCUGUGCAGGACGAGCAGGCCCAGGUCCGCCGUACGUUCCGCCACAUGAGCUCCCUGCAUGUGAAUGAUAAAGUGAGGGAAUACCUAAAGACCCCCCUCUUUGACAACUGGCAAUGGGAGGAGGCCGAGAUGCUGGUGCUGCUGCAGGUGAUGUACACCGACCUGGACUUCCUCACCGCCUUCCACAUCGAGGUGGACGUUCUCCAGAACUUCCUGUUUGAAGUCUACCGCCACUACAACAACAUCCCCUUCCACAACUUCCAGCACUGCUUCUGCGUAACUCAAAUGAUGUACGGGCUGAUCUGGCUGACGGACCUCAGGAGUAAACUGGAGAGAAUCGACCUGUUCGUCAUGCUGACGUCGGCUCUCUGCCACGACCUGGACCACCCCGGCUACAACAACGUCUACCAGAUCAACGCCCGGACGGAUCUGGCUCUGCGCUACAACGACAUCUCGCCGCUGGAGAACCACCACUGUGCCGUGGCCUUCGCCAUCCUGGCAAAGCCAGAGUGCAACAUCCUGAAGAGUCUUACAUGCAAUCAGUACAAACAUAUUCGAGCAGGAAUGAUCAAGUGUAUUCUAGCCACGGACAUGGCACGACAUAACGAGAUACUCAACAAGUUCAAAGUCACACUGCCUGUGUUUGACUUCAGGACAGAAGGUCAUAAGGAAGUGCUGAUGAAGAUCAUGGUGAAGGUGAGCGACAUCUCCAACGAGGCCAGGCCCAUGGCCGUCGCCGAGCCCUGGCUGGACUGUCUCCUGCAGGAGUUCUUCAACCAGAGCGACUCUGAGAAGCUGAAGGGUCUCCCGGUGACUCCCUUCAUGGACCGGGAUAAAGUCUCCAAGCCCUCCUCCCAGACCGGCUUCAUUCGCUUCGUGCUUCUUCCUCUCUUCACGGAGCUCACCAAGCUCUUCCCCUGCCUGGAGCAACAUAUCUUGGAGCCCGUGCGGAAGGCCCUGGACUACUACUCAGACCUGGAGAAAGAAGCCCAGGCAGAAGCAGGCUGCGCCAAGCCAUGAUGAGGGCGGAGCCAGACCUCACACACACACACUCACCCACACAGACAGAUACAUACGCACAGAUACACGCACACACGCACGAACGCACGCUCACAAACAUAGACACAGUAACAAAGAAACACACACACAAACACAAACAUAGACACAGUAACA